AUGAGUGGUGGAAAGUUUCGCAAACGGGUCCAUACCAAAGGUGCAACACGGGUUCCAAAAGGCUUCGCGUAAGUCGAAAUUUCAGUUUUUUUUUUCUUAUAAUUCUCAUCUUCCUCAAAAAUCGUUUUAAUUUGAUGAUUUUUCAAGAUGCUCGAGCAACCCGACAAAAAAUCGUCACAGAAUCGCAGCGCAAAGCGCUCGUCAAGCCUCGUCUGGCGGUUCAUCGAUGGUAGCGGUCGAUGAUCGAGCUCCAAAUGCAGCGGAUGAUAUGCUCUCGGCACUUCCAAUUGUUGAAAUUCGAAACUUUUGUAUAUUCAAAGUUGUAAAUCACAGAGUGCUAUGGAUAUUGGCGGUUCCUCCUCGAAGAGUAUGAUUUCGGAGGGAGGAAUUUCGCAAAUCUCUGAGUUCACGGCCUGCACGAACCCAGCUUUUGAUCCCGUCAAUCGUAUCUGGAAGUUGGUUUCCUUUCUCAUUUAUAUAUUAAAUACUAUUUUUCCUAACAAAACACGAGCUAGACUGACUUGUUCAGAUCUGGAUCCUCUAUUCAGUCGGAGGUUGUCUCUGUUUUGGCAGCAAUUGCUGAGCUUAUAAAGGAGAAAGAUGGUAUAGACCACCUGGAUUCAUUAAUUUAGAGCUUAAUUUUCAGGUAAGGAAUCAGAUGUUGAGUAUUUUUCCGCCCUGUUGACCGCCUUGGAAGGGGCUUCUCUUGGGAAUGUUCGUAGAACGGCUGCCAUUGCCUAUUUGCUUCACCUGAUCGUGAGGAAGGUACCCAAAGAGGUCCUCCAAUCGCAGUUCACCCGAGCCGUUCAGGUUUUCAUAUAUUUUUUUGAAAUUCUAGAAAAAAGUUGUAGACUUUGUACACGAAAUUGUUGGAAAACGUUGACAGUUCCGAAGGUUCGGCACUGAAAAAUCUGAUUUCUGUGCUUGGGAUCAUUUUGCGAGCUCAGCCUUCUGCCGUCUGGAACGGUGCCAAUACCAGGUUUUUUCAAUUUUUUUCAGAGAUUAAAAAAACUUCCAGCUCAUACUUGUUUUUGCCGAGUUGACAGUCAACUUAAACACAAGCUCAUUUAAUUUUUGAAAAAAAUUUUUCGUUUGAAGACAUUUUUUUCUUUUCUCUUAUUGCUUUUGGAGCCUUGCAUAGCCUUAAUUUGGACUUCGGAAGAAGUUUAUAAAGUUUUCAUUUUUCUGAGUGACUAUCCUGUUUCAUAUUCCAUUUUUUUCAAUUCAUUUACGGUCCAACCACACUGAACACUUUUUGAAAACCAGAAAAUUUCAAUGCUGUAAAUAUAAGAAAUGUUGAACUUCUUUUCCGUUCCAGUUUGAGUGAACCUGAUCGGAAUUACAGGAAAAAUAAGAUUUUGAGGAAUAUUCUCGUGUCGGUAGCGGCUCUGAGCGCCCAUGAGAAGCCGUGGGUGAGAACGAUGGCUCGUCGUGUUCUUCGGGCGGUUCUCACAGACCCAGUCACAGCCACCGACGAUGGUCUUCAUCCAGCUUCUGGCGUCGUCGGCAACUUCAUCCUUCAACACGUUCGCACUUAUACAAGUAAAACAUGGAAUGUUAAAACCUGACUCCAAUCAAAAACUCAAGGCCAAAAAGGAGACAACACGAUGAUAGUUCGCUAUUUCUGCCUUCUGGAAGGUAUCAUGCACAAAAUGCCGUCCUCCCUUUUCGAGAAGCUCGCCGAGCAGCUGCUUGAGUGUUUCGCGCAGUCUGAUCCUAUGGUAGAACGGAAAAAAUGAGUUAUGAAGCAAAAUAUGUUUUAGGUGAAAUGCUCUGCGAUGCAGUGUCUCUACCGGUCUUUCCAAAGACAGCCUUGCGAUUCGGCUCUCCGGACCGAAGCCAAUGUUCUCUUGAUUUCGGCGCUUCGAAAGUUCUGUCCAUCGGCCGCUGACGUCACAAUCACGGCUUAUUGGCUUCAAACUCUCUCCGAAGCUCAUGUCUGCCUGACUGCCAAGGAUUCUGCUAGGUAAAAUUCAUUAAUUUUUGGUCGCAGUGACGUUUAUAGCCAUCCAGCUGACUUUGAAUUGAAUAAAUAUUAAAAAAUGGCUGCAACAUAGAAAAAUUAGCUUCAAAAAGUGUUUUAUAGUUGAACAACUACCUUGAAGUAUUGAUUAAAUAUUAACUAAGAUUAAACAUUUUGUGAGGAUUCAGAUAAUCAAUUAAACGAAAUUAAAAUAAAAUUAGCUUAAAAGUACACUUGUAACUUUUAAAUCGUAUGGAGCCUUUUAUAUAAUCGAGCUGUGAGUUUAUCUAGAAGGAUUUAGGAGAUGAAAAACUAGUUUUAACAUAAAAUGUGCUCCGAAGGAGCUUAAAAAAAAAAUCUUCGAAAAAAAAAACGUCUAGAUCUGUUUUCAGGUCAACACAGAUGCUGAACAGCUCCCUCAGCCUCAUCGUCAAGCUGUUCGACAGCGGAAAUGAUCAAUUGGCCCAGAUUACUUAUCAAGUUGAGCAUUUUCAAGAUUUUAGUCCUCAAUUCAAAAUCAAGGUUCUGACAAGAAUUGUUGAAAACUGUGUGAAGGACGAUGGCGACUGCGGGAAGUACCUUCUUAGCCUCUUGGACGCCUCAAUCACAAUGAAAUCGGCGGCUGUUUGGAAAUUCAUCCUCAGGUUUUCACCAAUUGCUGAAGAUUUUGCACAAGGAAUUUUAUAGAACUCAAAUGAAGUUGUACGAAGUUUGCGGAGAAGCACUGCAAGGGCCCGAGUUCACCAAAUCGAUGGUCUCUUUGGCUCAGUUGAGGCAGAGUGACGAGUGUUUCUGCCGUCCGGAGCUCGAUUUUGUGAGUUUAUCAUUAUUUUUUCGACCUCUUUUUAUCAGAGAUUUUUUUUUUCACCACUUUUUUGUUGGCCAAACUUUUCCAUUAAAUUAAAAAAAAUUUAAAACCAGAGCUGCAUGUAAGCCGAGUCAAGCCGUCAAAAAAAUUGUUUAAAAAAAUUCUGAAUCGAGGAUCAAGUUAUUGAAAAAAAUUCUUAUGACCAAAUUUUAAUCAUUUAACUUCAAAAACCGUGGGACCCUCGGGACCGACGAUUAUUUUUUUUAAAAACUGUUAAUGUUUCGCAUUUUCAAGACAAUCGGCUCGGCCGUUCGUCACGUGGGAGUCGGCCCGGUACUGAACGCGAUUCCGCUGGAAGUCGACGCCGACGCCGCCGUUCUUUCGUCGGAAUUCUCACGAUCCUGGCUUCUGCCCAUUCUUCGCGUCAAUAUCCACAACGCCCCGUUGUCGUUGUUCAUUUCGACGUUUUUGCCGGUCGCUGUCAAGAUUUACAAGUCGGUAUUACUUUUUUUUAUUUUGUUUAAUAAUCGGUCUUAUAGUUUACAAAGAAUAGAAUCUCUUCAAAAGUCUCUUCAGGUGUUUAAAGGAGCGUUUUUUUAUAAAUUUUUAUAGUGAAAUAAAGAAUGAGCGAUUUUCAGCUUCUAGGUAUACACAACAAGCUUUGAAACGCAAAAAUGACAAAAAAAAAAACUUGGAGUUUUCGAUUUUUAGGAGGUUGAACACACUGCACGGUCCGCUGCAACGCGUCUACACGACCUUCCAAUUCCAGCUUUGGGAACUUUUGCAGUCUUUCUGUGAAUCACCGAGCGACCUGGAAACUUCUUUCCCCGAUAUUGCCCCGGUUUUCACCGAUAAAACUGCAAUCUCACCCUUUUUCUAAAUUACAGAUCCUUGGAGCAGCUCUUCGGGAACGCAAGGAUUUGCGAAUGACCGUCUUGGCUUCAAUAAGAAGAGCUUUGAGAUUCUCCAUUCAGCCGGACGCUCCCCCGGAGCGCAGUGAAGUGAGAUUUUCCGCGAUUUCCCGUAGAAAAUAAGGAGUUUUCCAGGUUAUGGGCAGAUUUGCCAAGAACUACAUGCCCAUGCUGUUCAAUAUGUACACGGCCGGCAGUCAAGCUGAGGAGUAUGAUGAUAAAGGCGUCAGGUACUGCGGAAAACUUUAAAAAAGCAGUUCAAACAUGUGCGGAUAUGGUAGAUCAGUGGUAUAUGAAGAGACAACAGAGAAGUCGGAGAGAUUCCGUUGUCUGACGUCUCUUUAGCUAAUUUCAUCUUUUGAAUAUCUCGAGAACUUGGAAAACAUCGAGAAAAAAUAUUAAAAAAAGAUUAGGCGCAAAGUAGAGAUGAAAAAUUUGUGAAAGUGGUAGAUCAAUGUUAUCUGAAGGGAUACCAAAAUGGGAACGUUUUCGUUGUAUGGCGUCUCUUCAGUCACCUUUUUCUUUUGUAAUCAUGAACUUGGCCGGUAAUGAUUCUGAAUAGAACAAGCGCAAAGAAGAGAUGCCAGUGAAACGAGAUAGUCUUCAUUUAUCUGUUUCCCUGUGCUCCCACUAACAUAAAGCUUCCCACUUACAAAAAAAAGUUUGAGAGCCCAUAUUCAAUCUUCUCUCUUCAGAUUGUCUGUCCUUGAAACGAUCCGAGUUUACGCUGAAGUGGCCCCUCAAGAUUUAUUGGACAGUUUUGUCGACAGCGCCAUUUUGAAAUCUCAGGAAAACGGAGAGUCGACCCCGGAAACCGCUCAGAAACAAGUUUGUAAAUGUUUCAAAGGGUCAUAUUUAAUUUUAUGUUUUUAGAACCGCGUUCUUGAUAUUCUGUGCGCGUUAACGCGUAGUGUGGACACCCAAGCGAUAAGUAAAAUCCUGGACGCAAUCCGACAAUGGUUCGACUCAACGGACACGAAUGGAUACCAGAAAAAGGCCUAUAGAAUUCUCGAAGAGAUCCUUCAGAGAAGGUCUUUGAACCUAGCAUUUUCAUGAACCAAUCCUUACCUUUCUAAAGAUCUUCGUCGGAAAUCGAGGUCCUCAUCGAAUCCCGGCAAGAUUACAUUGAAAACGUCGUCAUGAAGCCGCUCAACGCCGUUAAUCCGCCCUCCAGAGCCUCUUAUGUAAAUAUUUUAGUCAUCCCUUAUGGGAAGAAGUUGAUACAGGGACAAUCUUAGAAGGAAAAGAAGGAUCCAAACUUCAAAUAGAUCGAAGGUUCAAGAUCGAAUGGAAAAAAUUUUCUUAAAUGAAACCUUCUCAAUUCAAAAACAAACUACUUCGCAGCUCUUCUCCAUUGAUAUUAAGCUUCACUAACGCCCAAAAAGAAUGUAAUAAACAAUAAUUAACCAAAAAAAUUUUUUUAUCAAAAAUGGUAAUUAUCACUUAUUCUCCCUUUUCCAGUGCUCCUGUAUCCAUAUGUUGUGCGACAAAUUCGAAAAUCUGUCUGGUUUGAGAAGUUUUGCGGAGAAAAUCAUCGACUCCGUGAUCCUUCUUCUUGACAAGGUUUUAUUCGUAGAAGAUCAGAAAAUACUCUGAAAUCCAGGAAAACAACACUCACACGAGGCAAAACGCAAGCAAAUGCCUUCAGUUUCUUUCCGCCAAGAUGAUCGAACUGGGAGCUGAAGACUCGUGAGUUUCAAAAGUUGAAAAAACUCUCAGAAUACCUCGGAGAGGCAAAAAACUGUUCUAAGAAAAAAUCACUCCGCUUUUGGAUUCCCAGUCAGUAUGGCCUCUAUCUUUAAUUCACCUCAAAAAGGAAAAUUAUGACUAAAAGUAAAAAAGCGCAAAAAUUUGUUCAGUAACUCACUUAAGGGUCUUUGCAUCUUUCAAAUGAGGUUUUUUUAAGGGAAUCGCCAUCGAACGUGCUGAACAUCAUUUUCUCGCACAUUUUCGAGAUGACCAAUCCGAAGGAGGGAAAAAACCACGGGUCGAUUGAACUGAACGUUGCCCGGUCGGCUCUGGUCGCCUUGAACAUUUUGACUCAGAAGCAAAUCAAGGUGCGUGAGGGAGCCGAGGAAAAAAAAAUUUCUGAAAGUUCACUUAGAACUCUUAAAUUUGCUUUUCUCGGGUGUGGUAUCACUUCAAAAAUGUUUAAACAGGGUUUUUAUUCAAUUUAUUCAAACGUUGCUCUGUAUUCAUAUCUUGAUCUUGAAGGUUCUCAACGCUACCCUGACGUCACGCGUCGUUUCUCACGCCAGCGCGUGGAUCUCCGACGGCCGGGCCCCCGUCAGAAUCCUGGCGAUUCGUCUGAUGCGCGUUCUCGUCCAGAAACUUCCCGAAUACGCCCUCCAUCAGUACCGCGAGCAGAUUUUGACGACCGUUUUCGAGGGACAGCUCACUUGUGACAUUACUGUUAAGGUAAGGAUUAUGAAAAAGAAUUUGAUUUUUGAUUGUAAAAAAAUAAUUUUGAAAAAGAGCUUGAAACGGGAAAUUUGUUCAUUAUGGCCUUUAUUUUUCGGAAUCCAAAGUAGAGAAAAGUUCAAAUUGGUCAAAAGAGUUCGCAAAAAUAGCUGGUAAAUUGAUAUUGACCAAUCAACCAAAAAGUAGAUCACGGAAAAAUGUUAAAAACUAAUCGAACACUUUAAAAAAACGAUUUUCCAGUUGUAAAUGAUUUUCCCAUUUUCGCCUUGUUUACAGGUGAGGAAAGCGAACCGACUGUUGCUCGAAGUGCUCGUCGAGAAGUUUGGCGUCAAUAUCUUGGAGAAAUAUACGAAAAAACCCGAUUGGAUAAAGCAAAUCAAGAAUAUCGACAAGAUGCGUCGAAGGAAGGAACGAAAGGCUGCUGGGAACAACGAGAAGGACUCUGAUGAAGGUGAGUUUGGGGAAAAAUAAGGAAAACUUAGUUUUAAAUCUUAAGAACUUUCCAAAUCAACUUGACAAUAUCAAAGAGCUCUCCUAGGAAAUUUCAUGCAUUUUAAAAACAAUAUGAGAAUUUCUAGAUGAUCAAAGCAUGAUCAGCGGAUCGCAUAUCAGUGGCCGGACGGCUGGAGCCGACACGAUUUUGGAGCUUCUGGAGGACAGCGACGACGAGAACGAGAGCGACGCCGAGGAAAAGUUGAUGCAGAGAAGUCGGGUCGGGUCGGUGUGGCUACGUGAUGACAUGGAGGGCGACGUGAUGGAUCUCCUCGAUUCCUCCCACCUCAUCAAUAAGGUACAGGAAAAACUGAGUGAUAAAUUUAAAAAGGAACCUCAUGAUUUUAAAAAGAAUAGUUGAAUUCCGGGCCUUUUCGUAAUAUUGAGAAAGGUUGGGGUUAAAAUGGUCCACAUAUAGAAGCCAAAAAAACUUUCUAAAGUAGUAUUUUUUUUUCUUUCUCGAAAGAAAAAGAAGAUUUAUUGGCUCACAUUUAUAUUACGAAGCUUUUUGCAACUUUUAGGAUUAUUUAAAAUGAUUUUUGUUCCAUAAAGAAGUCAGACACCACUUCCGUGGCCUUAAUGGGUAUUUUUUGAAGUCCUUGAUAGAAAAAAAACUUCUCAUCCAUAUUUGGAAAGAGUAAAGACCGUCUUUCCGCUUUUUGCAACUCGUUUUCUGAAAAUAACUUCAUUUCAGGUCACCACAACGGAUCCUGCCCUGCUUGAGAAGAAAAAGAAGAAGAUGCAAGAGCGCAAGGCGAAGAACGAGAGCGGGUUCAAGUUCACCAAAGACGGAAAACUUAUCAUCCUUGAUGAUGGUUUAAUUCCGUUCAGAACUUUUCUCCACAGUGUUCAAAUUUUUUCAGAAAUGGAAGAGAAGAAGAAUAACCGGAAGCGGAAGAACGGCCUCGACGAGCUGGACGACGAUGAAAUGCCGAAAAAAGGGAAAAGACAAAGGGAAGGCAGCGAUUUCGACAGCAACGACGACGAUGAUGAUAUUGAUGGAUUGGUUCGUAUUUUUAUUGGUCUUAAAAAGAUUCAGUAAUUUUUUAAAAAUUCGAUUCGAUUGUCAAACUUUUGAAUAAAAAGUAGCUAAGUGAACUCAAAAAAAUUUUUAGAUUAGAAAAAAGGUUUCUAAUUUAUUUACAAAAAGGGAAAUCGGAAGUUUUAGCAGUUCAACUAGCCUCUAUAGGUAAAUUCAAUGUAUAUUGAUUUUUAAAUUUGAGUUUUUUUAUAUAAACAAAAUAAAGAAUAAAAUUCAAAAAGAAAUAAAUGAAGAAUAAAGUUCAAGUAAUGCACUAUUACAACCAUUUUAAAAAUCAAGUAACAUUUGUCAAUUUUCAAAAAAGGCCUUUCUUGUCUGUGAUAUCGAUAUCUUGUUCCUUUUUCAAUUUUUGCGGACUUUUAUCCCUUUUUCAGGACGAUGACGAGAAAAAGACAACAGUGAGCCGAGCGACGACCUCCAGAACAUUCGGAGGCAAAGGAAUCUACCGCGACACUUCGGCCUCCCAAGUCGGCUCGACGGUCAGGUCGUACAAGAAGCGAAGUCACGACAAAAAGCCGCAGAAAAAGACCGGAGCUGCACUUCAGCCCUACGCCUAUGUUCCUCUUCGAGACAAAGCUGCCAGACAGGUAAAUAUCCAAAAAGUUACUUGAUUUUCUCAAUUUCACCUUUUCAGAAUGUCCGCAAAGUGCUGAAAGCCAAGAGGAAGGUGGGAAGGAAAAACAAAUAG